AUGGACUCAGCAUAUCAAAGUCAUAAGAGUCUCAGUAUUCUCAAUCGCCUACCCCUCGAGCUUCUGAAUCAAUUUAUCUACACUCUGCCUAACGCCGACAUCAAAAAUCUCCGCCUGACGUGCUCUUAUCUCGGGAACAGAUCUCUUCCCCGCUUCAACCGUGUGUUUAUAUCUACCAAUCUGCGCGACAUCGAAGUUCUCACCUUGAUUGCGAACCAUGAUGUCUUUCGGUUCAAAGUGACCGAGAUCAUCUACGAUGAUUCGCGCUUUGGCCACCCUUGGAGCAGUCGGUAUAAAGAGAAGCAUAGAGACCCGGAAGAUCCCAUGAGAGUGCCGUACUGGUUUAGAAGAUUUUUCCAUUGCACCAUAAAUGUUAUCAACGCUAAGGAGUGGGAGUUCGUGUCCAUACCUCAUGUCAAGGAGGCUUUUAAGAAGCGCCGCACCAUGGCUGAGUCAUAUCAGGUAUAUCGCAAGCUCAAAUCACAGCAAGACGAAGUGCUUGAGUCAGACCGGGACGCUGACGCUCUGAGACGUGGUCUCUUACGCUUCCCAAACCUAAAAAGAGUUACUAUGAGUCAGGCUGCUCAUGGGAUUCUUGGAAGAUCUCUGUAUCCCACGCCUACCAUAAAAUCUUUUCCAGAAGGCUUUAUCUACCCUCUGGAACGUGAAUGGCCUAGGUCAGCCCCAUAUGAGGAGCAUCCCCUUACGGCCUGGAAUGAAACAUCUAAAAGAGAAUGGCGUGGAUUCUGUGUCAUGACGAAGCAGAUCGCUCAGCAUAUCCGACAGAACCCGAUGUUCAAGCUCUCCGAGUUUGUUAUGGAAAGCCGGAUUCUUUGGACAGGAAUUAACUGCCGUGUCUUUGAAAACCCCAAUAGUGAUGAGUACCACGAUCUUGUUACAAUCCUCAGUCACCCUCCCCUGAGACGCUUGGAGUUAUCACUUGCCUGCGAUACUGAGUCCAGGCAAAACUGGCCCUCUUUCCGUUCCGGCCUCCUCUUCAGGGCUCUAAGCAAAGCAAAGAACUUGCAAGAUCUGCGCUUUGAUACUAGCAUUCCGAUUGUGAGCAGGACGUGGCACAACUUUGUGGAGUAUGAACAGAAAGGAAUGCCACUACGGAGCAUGUUCCCCGUCAAGGACUGGUCUAACAUACGGCGCUUUGCCCUUUCUCGAUCUUUUGUCAAACAGAGAGAUGUUAUGGCCUUCAUUUCUACGCUUCCAUCGUCACUAGAGUCGCUUGAGCUGAGCUUUCUGAGCUUCCUGCCCCAGGAGGGAACUUAUAGGGACUUGUUACGGGACAUGCGGUAUAACUUGGGGUGGAGGGAAAGGUUGGUGCGUGAUCAGCCAAAGCUCAUUGUAUUUGUCGUUGAGAAUGAACUCACGAUGGAUGGCGUUGUUAUAGACUUGAGUCUUGCGGCGAUGGACUAUGUGUAUCGCCACGGAGAAAAUCCAUUUGUAGAAGAGCAGAUCAUGGAGGUUCUUGAGGGUGAAGGGAGAACAGUAGAUCUUCUUGAUCCGGCGUAUGACGAGAGAUGGUAA